AUGAGUCAACAACCGAAUAGCCACGAGGCAAUGAAGACGGGCCGCAACGAAAAGAGGAGGGAGCGAGAUGUUUUUCUCCUAUAUGGUGCAGCUUUUCGCGACAUUCCACAUGUCGACAAUGCGGGAAGUCAUGUACCACGUCUAUCUGUGGACUCGACUCUUACAGCUUUAUGUCAACUUACUGCAAUUCGCAUGGGAGCCCAACGGGCCAUGAUAUCACUCCUCGACGACGAGAGACAACACAUUUUAGCCGAAGCUACAUGCGAUAUUUCUCUCCGCCCGGAAGCGCCAGGGGAUGCAUCAAGUACGUUAUGGUUUGGAAAUGUCAGCAUUCCACGCAGCUUAGGACUGUGCGAAAAGAUACUCGACUUCAACUUCAAAGAAGACAGAAUCGUGAUCAUCGGUGAUCUUUCCGCGGAUGCAACACCAUGCGUUCGAGAAGAUAUAAAAAAUGACUCUCGCAUGCGAUUUUACGCCAGCGUCGCACUCGUCUCACCAAAUGGUGCAACAGUCGGAGCUCUGUGUUUGUUCGACGACAAGCCUCGAGAUGGCCUUUCUAAAGCAGAAAUCACUCUCUUCAGGGACAUGGCAUCGACUGUAGUUGACUAUCUCGACACAUACCACUACCAAAGACCAUCCAUGUUCUCACGUGCUGCAAAUGUCAUGAUGGCUUCGAGCGAUUUGGAUGGGGUACUCAUUCUUGAUGCGAGUGUCGCUGCGAACGGAGAUCAACGACGAACCAAUGGAAGUGGGACUGAACUUCCAUCUGAAUCAUAUCAAUCCAGAUCAUCUAGUGAUGAGGGAAGCUCGAAUAAUACCGAAGACAGCUCUCAUGUCAAGUCCUCAAGUUCCAAGAUCUGUCAGUUGCUUGGGGUAGCAACACCCAAUGACGGAGACGCUGCAGACUAUGGCAUGAUGCUGGAGUCUGACCUAGCGCGACUUUUUCGUGAAUAUCCACACGGCAAGGUAUUCACAUAUACUUCCGAGGGCUUAUCUCUGUCAUCGACAGAGGAAGGCUCAUCGAGCCCUAGCGUUACUGAGCAUUUGGAACCGCCGACACAUUCGAAGCGCAAGACAAAAGAGAGACCAAGAAGUGGCUCGGUCGCGAUUCAAGCCAUGUUUCCCAAGGCGCGGAGCGUCGCAUUUAUCCCGUUCUGGGAUUUUGAGAGAUCCAGAUGGUUUGCGGGAUGUUUGUGUUGGAGUAAUGACGCCUACCGUCUGUUGUCCUCGUCUGUGGAUCUGGCGUACUUCAAAAUAUUCAGUAAUUCAAUAAUGAGGGAACUGUCGAGACUGGAUGCUGUGACUUCUAAUCAGGCUAAAACGACUUUUGUGGCUUCUAUAUCGCAUGAGUUGCGUUCUCCUUUGCAUGGAAUUAUAGGCACCUUGGAAUUCAUCAAAGACACGGCCCUUGAUUCGUUUCAGGUAAGCAUGCUGAACUCUUUGCAUGCUUGUGGAACGACUCUACUUGAUACCAUUAAUCACGUGAUGGACUACGCCAAAAUUACGGAGAGUAACAAGGGCAUCUCGUCAAAACGUCUGAAGAACGCAAAUACAAUCCGACUUUCUUCGAAGCCUGUGAAGAGCCGAAAGAGGAGAGAUGCUUCCUUUGACCUUGGUAUUGCGACGGAAGAGGUGGUGGAGGCUAUCUUUUCAGGGUCGUCAUACAUCCCUGUCGCAUCCAAGCUCAUGGAUGACCCUCUGUCUCCAACUGAGGAAGAGUUCCUUUCGCUCCCGAAACGCAAAGCCCGGUUCAUAAUUCUCGAUGUGGCUCAUGAGGAUGACUGGGUCUUCUCUUUUCCUAUCGGAUCGUGGAGGAGAAUAGUCAUGAACCUCUUCGGUAAUGCCUUCAUCACACACAUUUGCUUUUUCCAUGUCGAAUUCGGAGUUUGCAAGCCAGAAAAUCCUGCCAACCCAUUUAAUGAUGCCAUUACCAUUUACCUUGACGCCCUACUCAAUAAUAACAUCACAUCUCUGAAAGAACUGUUUCGAAAAGACCUCACUAACGAUCCAUAUCACGUAGUCAUCCAUAUCACUCUGCGUUCCAGCAGCAUAGUCGAGAAUUCUGACGCACCCACUUUGAUAACGCUUACAAUUACUGACACUGGCCUGGGAAUGAGUCCGGGAUUCCUCGCUAAUAGGGCUUUCCAACCCUUCUCCCAGGAAAACCCUCAUUCACCCGGCACAGGCCUAGGUCUAAGUAUUGUUCGACAAAUCCUGGACAUGAGUGGCGGUAAGAUUGAAGUCAGUAGUGACCCAUCGGUUGGCAGCAAGGUGACUGUCAAAUUUGCGCUCAACAAACAGGAAACCUCUAAUGCGCUGACGACUGAGCGUGCGCAAUUCUUAUCCUUUUUGCCACGAUUAAAAGGCCGUAGGAUAUGCGUACUUUGCAAGGAGCUACCUACUCCAUCCCCAGACACAACCAUCCCGCGGACGGAAGAAGGCCUUGUACGGUUCACGAAUGCGUUGGUUGACACUCUCGAACAUCAUCUCAAGAUGGAGGUGGUGAAGUCUACAGAAUGGGAAGGACACGACGCAGAUCUGGUCAUUUGCCCCGAACUGUCAUUCGACUACCUCUCUACUAUCAGACGUCAUAGGGGCCAAGGCCAAAGGGCUCCUGUGACAAUAUUCAUUGGUAUGGACGCACUCGAAGCAGCUACUCUGCGUUCCGAUGUUCGUGUAACGAGCCGAGAGUCUGUGGUUGAAAUCAUAACCCAGCCUUGUGGGCCCUACAAAUUAGCAUUCGUCCUCAAUCGUUGUUUAGACCGAUACGAUCAUCCCGAGGAAAACCUGCAGCGCGCAAUUUCGCCCAACCCGUUCCCGCAAUUUGUAAUUCACGAGGAUCAACUACCGCGUUCUCUUUGCUCGUCACCAACCUCUACCCAAGGCACCACCGGUCUUUUUGAAAGUAGUUCCCCUGGGCCUACUGUCAAAGUAACACCAGCCUCAAGCGUUGCACAGUCAUCAGCCGUCUCGCAACAUGAGGAUGACUCUAUUGUUUCUUCCACGCUCAUCGUUGAUGACAACAUGUUAAAUCGAAGGUUACUGGUCGCAUUUAUGAGGAAGAACAAGCUCUCAUAUCAAGAAGCGUCAAACGGACUCGAAGCCGUGGAGAUGUACAAGGACGAAUCAUGUAGUUUUGAUACCAUUUUAAUGGACAUGUCCAUGCCGGUUUUGGACGGCAUGAGCGCUACUCGCGCUAUUCGCGACCAUGAACGAGCAAACAACACGUCGCGCUGCUGCAUCAUUGCGCUUACUGGACUUGCAUCUUCGAGUGCGAAGUUGGAAGCAUGGAGCUCAGGGAUUGAUCACUUCCUAACCAAGCCCGUCAACUACAAAGAGCUCAGGGAGAUUCUGAGAAGUGAGGAGGCACAAAGGCAGGCAAGACGAAGAGACGAAGCAUCAGGUACAAUCGAGUCCGGUAGAUCUUCCCAGGAGGAGUCUGGGCAAUAA